AGAUCUGUGGGGCUGCCAUGACGGAUCCAGGAGGAGCAGUCGUGAUCUCUGCCGCAGCAGUUGCACUAGCCAGACCAAGCCACGACGAUCUGCCCCGAAACGCUGCACUGAGCGGCCGCUGGCUCACACACCUCCUCCUCCACCACCACCACCUUCCCGACAGUCAGACAGGAACGGCUUCCCCGGCUGCCUGCGUGCCUCCCCGCGGGGUCCACAAUGCUUUGCGACGCGAAUGGCCAACCUCUCCAGCGCGCAAGGUCUGGAGCGGCGCUGCGCGGCGCUGCUGCUCUCGCUUCCAUCCUAGCCUAAGGACGAUGGCUUCGCGAGGACCAGGAAGCGGCAAGUGAUGCAGCUGCCUCUUGUGCAGAGGCCGGGAGAAGGGAAGGGGCAUCGCUCGGGGCUGGCCCCCCAAAGCGGACCUUUAUUCCAUCGCCCGGUGAGGAGAAGGGAAGUCACGUGGAGAGCAGUGCGUGGUGUUUGUUUAUUGCAGAAGCCAUAGGACGUGGUGAGAACCCUGUGCCUCUUUCCUGCUCUCUGCCUUGGGUGCACAAAGGGCUGGAGAUCUUCUGUUUGUUCCUGUUGUUUAUCAUUUUGCAUAAGACCAUGUAAAAGGUGGCGGGGAUGGUGCAACUCCCCUAUUAUGGGUCCGGACAGUCGCGAUUCUCCCUUCUUCUUACUGCACGGAGGAGGAGGGAGCCUGCAAAAGGAAGCUCUAAUACAUGAAAGCCACAAAGGAAAAGGAAUGGUAACUUCCAGUGGCGGAAAGAGCCACCUGGGUGCCAAAGAACGAAAGAUAUCACUGCCCCAUGCAAGAGCAUCGCCCAGCAGGCUAAGCAAAAACAUUUCUACCACCACUGAAAAGGCUUCCUGUCAUGCUACAGACAGCAGUCAGACAACAAUCUGGUGCAAAGAAAGAAACCAGCUUUGUGAGAGUCACCAGAAAAACAGGAUACAAUUUGAUUUCAUUGCAUAGCAAGAAGUUGACGGAUGCUGAGGCCAUUCUCACAAGCUGGGCUAGGCUGCUCAUAUGGAGGGCUAGGAUCUGCGUGGAUGCGAGCGCUCUCGCCCUGCCAAACCUCACUCUUAAGCCCGGCUCUUCACCAAGAGCAACAGAUGCUUGCACCUCUGCACAGAGAGCACCAAAGUUAAAAAAAGACCCCUUGGUAAGAAAGUGUUAUGAGGCUGGGCAGAGCAACAUCCCGUCUGUGUUCAAGGAUCCCUCAUGGGGCGAUCCCAGUCCAGCAGAAGAUGUCCUGAUUCAGAGUUUUUAUUGUAAACAAAAAGGCAACUUUGAAAACAAAAUCGGAACACAUCCUGACAAAGCAGGCCCCAGCAGUCCUCUCUUUCAAGGCUCUUCGGCUGGUGCGAUGUUCCUUGACUUUGAAUCUGUGCGGACUAUGAAAGAGGAUCCCGAUGAGGGCAGUGCCAGCGAUCUUUCCGACUCAGAGAGAAUUCCCAUCCCCCCUUCCCCUUGUACGCCACCGGAGCUCAACCUCCGAGCCGAAGAAAUCGACCCGCAUUGUUUUGAACACCUCUCUGACACAAAAUUCAAGCCAUCCGAUUACUAUUACCCUGACUUCCUCCCGCCGCCUUUCAGCACCUGGGACUUGAAAGGCCUGGCGGUGUUUGUCAACACUGAGUGCACCUCGGAACCGCGGCCACAACCAACCGGAUUUCUUGAGAAGUACGUCGAUCGGCUUUUGGAGCUGGAGUGGCUGCAGGCUCAGACGAUACAAGCCGAGAAAGGGAAGGCAGCUAAAGCUAGGCCUCAGACUGCCCCUAGUGCCCUUCGGACCUUAAAAAGUCCUGGCAAAAACAAACCAUUGCAUAGCCCUUUGCCCAGCAAACAGCUGACACCCCACGAAAGCUUUCCAAGAAUCCCCACCAGCCACUCAAGCCACAGAAGGGAUUUAUACAGCGAAGGAAACAGCCAGCUUGUUCCCUCACAGACUCAUUUCAAAGCAGCGUGUGGCUCAUCGGCCCAUCCAAAACGACCGUGUGAAGUGAGGAGCGAGGCCAAAAAGCAGCCGGCCACGAAGCAGCAACUCCCCAGUACGCAACCCUCUCAGAGUAGAUCAAUGAUCCAGGGAGCCGGCAACAUCAGACCACCCAAGCAAUCUUCGUUCCACGAUUCAGCUGCCCCCCACAAGAGUCUAACCGUCUACACAUGCACGGAUCCCAAGAAGAAUGGGAACACGAAUAACUAUCUUCCUUCCAAAAAGGUCUUGUCGGAUAAGAAACUGAAAGCAAAUGGCAUGAAGCAGGCGCCAUGUAAAUUUAAGUAAUGUUGUGGCAGGGUUUGCCACGCUUGUGCCAGAAGGGCCUGGAAAUCCAUCCCGUGUGACAGGGAGGUAGACUAGUGGUUCAUCCACUAUGAAGGGACCUUAAUAGGGAGACACACACUCCUCGCUGAACCGCCCAUCAUGUAUUGUGAUUGGGCUGGGAGAGAGAGUUCUAAUUCACCCCUUCCCAGUCAGUGCAACACAGCAAACUAAGUUGCCCGCCUCUUGUCCUGAUUGCCACUCCAGGGGCCAGUGGGACCAGUUUUGUGCUUCCCCAGGAUCUUGUCCAUAAGCACCUCAAAGCAUGCUCAGAGCUCAUAUGAUCCUGUUCCUCAUUCCUUUUAUUUGAAAUACCUGGCUGUAGAAUGAAUGUCCAGGCAGAUUACCUUUCUUUUGCCUUCGGAUGUGUUUUUGCAGUCAGUUCUUAUAGAGGAAUGUCAUAGAGAAAGUGAAAGAAAUCCUUAAAAUUUUUCCAUAGUUACUUCCAUUGUUACUUUGCCCCCAUGUGGUGAAAUCUAGAAAUACUAAUGAAAGAACUAUUUACUUUCGAGCAAGCAUACCUUUUCCAUCUUGAUCUCAAUACAUAGGGGUGCAUUUUGAAGACCUAAUAUUCAGCAAAAAGUGAUGGCAGUUUCUUACCUUGUGAUGACAUUUCCCUAUAAAAAUUGAUCGUGCGGCCUUUUUCUCUGUUAUACUUGGACAUACCUGGGUCAUUAUUAUUAUUUUUAAAAGCUACAAGUCAUGUUUGAGAACCCCUGAUAUUGAGGACAGGCAUAUGAGGACAACUCUAGAGGAAGAUGGGUGUGUAUCAUGCUGAUUUGAUAGGUGUUGUGUGGCUUAGUAAAGUGGUUCCCCUCAGGGGACAGAGCCACUCUGGGAAGAGCAGAAGGUUCCAAGUUCCCUUCCUGGCAGCAUCUCCAAGUUAGAGCUGAGAGAGACUCCUGCCUGCAACCUUGGAGAAGCCGCUGCCAGUCUAGAUAGAUAGACCAAUGCUAGAUAGACCAAUGGCCUGACUCAGUACAUGGCAGCUUCCUAUGUUGCUAUUUAUGUCAGGCAAUUAAUCAUGAGGGAUGUUGGGAGGACAGUGAAGUGGAGAAGAGGAACUUGGACAGAAGCUAUAGGGGAUAAAAGGAAUGAAGUCACGUUGAUCAUGACUUCAGGUUGCUGGCUCAGUGGAAGGGGCCAUUGCUUGGUGGCAGACCAGACACUUUGUAUGUGGAAGAUCCCACCUCCAAUCCUUGGCAUCUGCCUCAGUAUAAGGCAGCUUCACACAGGCUGAAGGGGCCUGGCUAUAUAAAUGCUGCUCACGCAGGUUAAGAGUGUGAUUAAACUUUAAUUACAAAAUAUCUCGUAACAGUAGCAGCAUCACUUGUAUGUGUGUGUGUAAUGGGCUGGAAGCCACCUUGGGAAUCUUUUAGAUAUAUAUUUAGAUAUCAGGUCUUGAUAUAAAUCUUUUCAAUAAAACAAAUGUUCUGGGUGGAUCAUGAGCCAAAUAGUGAGUGUGGAUUGCACCUGAGAACAAUCCAAGUUACCAAAAGCUUCUGGGGAAAAUUUUUCUGGGCUUAGGGAUAUCGAGGAUGGAAAAUGGUAGGACUGUGCAGUCAGAGUGGUCCCACAGACAUGUUGGAUCCAGUAUGCCCUGUGCUGGGAAUUAUCGGAAUGAGUUUUGCAAUGACAGGAGGGACCUCUCAACAGACAGAACUCUGACAAAACUCCUUCUUGCUGUCGUGGAACUCUAUUGGAGUUGCAACCGGUCUAUCAAAACAUCCUCCACUGGCCUUUCCCUGUCCCCCUCCCUUCUGCCUCCCCCACCCUCCCCCUGCCCUCUCUCCAUCUCCCUCACUUUCCUGUACCUGGGUGCCGUAGACGGCAGCAUAUCCUCUUGUGGAGGCUGGAGCCAGCGGCCUAGCUGCUUGCCUCUUGCCACGACGUCUGCCCUAAGAGGACCCCAGCCAGAGUAGUGGUUGUGGGAAUCAUAGUUGUGGCUUUUUUUAAUGGAUGCAGCCAUGGCUGCUGUCCACAGGUCCAAGUAAGGGACAGGGAGAGGGCAGGAGAAGAGAGUGGGAGGGGAAAGAAUCUGACAAAAUGUCAGGUCCAAUCCGAUCUGACAGUCUGGGGAAAUUGGCCCUCCUGCUAAUUUCUCUGUCAGGUUGGAUCAGAUUGGAUCCAACAUUUUCACCAAACACAGGCCUAGUAUAUGGAAGGGUCUUCUCUUCAGAUGCCUAGAGCACAUGGCAACAUAUGCACUAUUGUUAUAUUGUGAACUCGGCACUUACUUUGUUGCUUCUGGAGGAGGCCUGCUUCCCAUAGGUGAAUUCAUGGCUAAAUUUGUUUCACACUUCAUGUUCCUAGGACCAUCAUGGUACAUGGUUCAUUAUCUUAUACCAGGAGAUAAUAAUAUUUUCUUUACAGCAAAGAGUCUUCCAUUUAUCUUCAGUCAAAGGAUUAUUUAUUUCCUAACGUAGUGGGAAGUUUAAGAAAAUACCGAUUCUUCAUUUCAUUUGAACUUGAAGGAUUUACAGGAGUAAAUCAGUAAAGGAAUUCAGAUCAAGCCUUUUGUUCAUGUUAGCAAGUUAUUUACAAUUCCUGCCACAUUGUUUGUGACCCAUUUUUUUCCUUGCAAAGCCUUAGUAGGCUUAAAACUGAGCCAGCAAGUUUUAUCUAUGCAAAGUCAAAAUACCUUUAUUUUCAGUUCAGUUUAUUUUCAGUUUUUCCCCAUGAGGGCUGGACACUUUGUUGCUUUGGGACCAGGAGUUGAAAAGUUUAAUGUUCUAAGACAGGGAUUCUCAACGUUGCGUCCCCGGAUGUUAUUGGACUUCAACUCCCAUAAUCCCCAGCCAAAGGCCACUGGGGCUGGGGAUUAUGGGAGCUGAAGUCCAAUAACAUCUGGGGACCCAGUGUUGAGAAUCCCUGUUCUAAGAGCACUUUGAGGUCUCAGUUUCUCCAGCAAAGGUAAGUGUAAACUAGAAAGUGAAUUCUGCCGCUAAUUUUGCACAACAGUUGGAACAAAAAUUGGCACAAUUGAUGUCUGACAUAUCAAUAUCCUAGAUAUGCACAAAAGCACUAUGAUCACUGGACAGACCCAAAGUACCACAACAAGAGCCUCAUGUUCUCACAGUAGUGCUUGUGGGCUGUAGGUUAGCCUGUACUUGUCUGUAGUUGGAAGAAUAUAUGAUCAAAUCCUCAAGACCAAACAAGAUAUUAUAGUAAGCAUGCAGCUGCAGCUGAAAAUGACAGCCGCUUAUUUAGACCCCUGUCUCCUCCAUAACGUCUAAUUGAAUCGAGCUAUUCUGCAUUUCCCUAAUAUUUGCCAUUGGCAGACCAUUUUGAGGAGGUGGGUUGAGGGAAUGCAGAGAAAUUGGACAUGGGUGAAAUAGAAUCCCACUCUAUUCCACCUAAGUUUUAUUAGAUAGAAUAGAGUGGGAGGGGAAAACUCAAUGCACAGCUGCCAUUUUUUUUGGCAGCAGUUGUGCAUUUAACACAGCAUCUAGUAUGGCCUUCAACUGAAGCAUCCAUUCCUUCAUGUUUCUGGAUCUCCCUAUGCAUGGCAUACACAAAACAUUCAACAUCAGCAUACUACAAUUGAUACAACAUAUCAAAGAGUAAUACCUCAUCCCAGAGCUUCUUUAGAAGCCAGGCCAAACUGAAAAGUCCACUGUGCUUCCAACAGAUGCUCAAGCAUUUUUUAAGGUUUUCAGGAGAAAGGAAUUUCACAGUUGUGGAGACAUAGUGCAAAUCCAAUUCAGAAAAGUACUAAUUCAAAGCAAUGGAUAACUUCAUCCAGAUGUUUAUAAACAUAAUAGAACACAAUCAAAGCAUGGCCCUUUGACCCACUCAGUAAUUUGAUGGGGGUGUGGAGAUUCUUGUGGACAUCUCUCCAGGCCUAUUGCAUUUGCUUUGAUGGAGGGAGCAGAUCUUCAGGGGCAUAAUUUUGUGCUUGCAAAGUUGCCAUCUCCACUAGAAGGAACAGGGGAGCCCCCUGUACACAGGAAUUCUGUGUGUGCACAUUAGUGUGUAUAUGUGGGGCUCUGGACCAGGCUAUACUUUUUUCCAUUUCCUUUCUGGGAAAGCAGAAUAUACUUAUGUGGAAGUUGUUAAAAAUAUUCCUAAUCAAUUCCACAGAACAAUUCUGGUAGAAUACAUUGUGAUAAUACAUGUUUAUAUGACUCUUCAGUUUCUGGAAGUUGUAACUCAAAGGCAAGGUAAACUCAGCUGUGUACAUACUUAAAUUGUUUUAUUUGUUGACUUUGUGCUAUAAAAUACUGAUCUGUCUUUGCUUUCUCUCUUGUCCAUUACCUGAACUGCAGCUCUGUAGGAUCUGAAAGCAUGGAAUUUGCUAACAUUAAAAUGUUCAUAAAAGUAAUAAUAAAUCAGGCAAUUCUGUUGUA